CCUCAUUGCUCUCCCUUAGUUGGUCUCGGGAUGCGGAGGAGUGAGGGUGUUGUGGCGUGAUCUCCCCUCCACUAUGGGGCUGCAGUCUUCCUUGCUUGCAAUUCACCGGAGGAAGAGCGUGUGUGUUUGAGUGUCGGGUGUAAUAAUGCCGGAGUCGGACAAGCCGCUGGAAUUAAAGCUUCACAGCCCAGCAGGAGUUGAGGCAAUCGUAUUCCCAUGGCCCUUAUCUACUGGCGGCGGCGGCGGCUGUGGCGGCGGCGGGGGCCCAGGCGGGGGUGGAAACUCGGACAAACAUGACGGGGCCUAUGAGAUAGUGGAGACAAUUCGGUGGGUGUGUGAGGACAUCCCGGAGUUGAAGCGAGCCAUGGAGGUCAACAUUUUGUCUGACUAUGACACCAGAAGUUAUGAGAGUAUGCGGCAGCUGUGUGACAAGUACAACCGUGCCAUAGAUUCCGUCCUGCAGUUGGAGAAAGGUACCAGCCUGCCCACCACGCGCCUCAACAAGCGGCCAUCGCGGGGCAUGCUCAAACACAUCCUCACCCAGAUAUACAACCACGCUGUCGUUGACCCGGAGAAACUCAACCAGUAUGAACCUUUCUCCCCGGAGGUGUACGGGGAGACCUCAUUUGAGUUGAUAUGUCAAAUGAUAGACCAGAUUCACAUUACUGAAGAGGACACGUUUGUGGACCUUGGCUCAGGUGUGGGUCAGGUAGUGCUGCAGAUGGCCGCGCUCACUCCAUGCAAGGUCUGCGUUGGCAUCGAGAAGGCAGAGACACCUUGCAAGUACGCGCUGGAGAUGGACCGGCUGUACUGCAAGUGGAUGCGUUGGUACGGGAAGCGUCACAGCGAGUACCGGCUCCGCAAGGGUGACUUUCUGAAGAAGGAGCACCGCGACGGCAUCACCAGCUCCUCCAUUGUCUUUGUCAACAACUUUGCCUUCGGGCCGCACGUCGACCACAUGCUCAAGGAAGUGUUUGCGGACCUCAAGGAUGGAGCGCGUAUUGUCUCCUCAAAGUCCUUCUGUCCUCUCAACUUCAGGAUCACCGACAGGAAUCUUAGUGACAUCGGCACCAUCAUGCAUGUGUCGGAGCUGUCACCAAUGAAGGGGUCUGUGUCGUGGACGGGCCGGCCGGUCUCGUACUUCCUGCACAUCAUUGACCGGACCAAGUUGGAGCGAUAUUUCCAAAGACUUAAGAACCCAAAACUGAGGGCAAACAAAAAUUCUGAAGAUAAGGAGGAAGAGAACCAGGGGAAUGUGAGGCGAGUGCGACGAGAAUUGGCCAAGACUACUCUAUCCAACACUUCCGAGACGUCUUCAAACCACUCCUCGGACCACAAGGAGGCGGAUGACCCAAUUAUCGGCCCAACCACUCGACGCGCUUGGAACGACUGGUGCUCCUCCUCCACUUCCUCCUCCGCCUCCUCCUCUGCCUCCUCCUCCUCCAAAAACACUCCCAAGGGCUCGUCAUCAAGAAGCUCGGCCGAUGAAAAUGAUGAGAAUGGACCGCCAAGUGCCGCAGCCGCCGCCGCCGCUGCUGCCGCCGCCGCCCCCCACCACAAUAACCACCGCCGCAUUCAAGGUGGUGGUGGUGGUGGCAGUGGUGGUGGUGGUGGUGGUGGUGGUAGGCGGAGGAACACGCAAAGAAGAGCUGCUGCGUCUAAGCCGGCCAUUGUGGAUGACCCUGACCCCCCCGCUGUGCCUAGGGUGGCGCGUCGUACCCUGGGUGCCAGUGGUGGUGGUGGUGGUGGUGGUGGUGGUGGCAGGAGAGGAGGCAAGAGGCAACAUCGCACCACCAAAAAACCUAUCAAGAUCAAUGGACUGGAUCUACUUCACACACAGACACUCUUGAGCACCGGGGCAGCUGAUGCCGGCCGCAGCGCAGUGUACCAGGACCCAGCACCAGGAUGUGUGGACCAGAAGCUGUCCCGCAUCACAUCAUCCUCAGUGGCUGGUAUUCUGAGGCACGAGGAGCUGCCCAUCCCGCCCUCCAACACUCCCUAUGCCCUGGAGGUGUUACUGGAUGUGUUCCGUCAGCAGUUCCUCUCCAUGCUGGUCGUUCAAAAGCCAGAGUACAGGGACUAUGUGUUGAAGCAGAUUGACGCAGAGAAGGAGAAGAACAAGAGCCUCAAGUCCCGGGCUGCCCAGUUGGAGCGGCAGAUAAAGGUGCUGAUAGACGACUCAGUGGCGCUGCUCAGGUCUCGCAUCUCGGAGCUUGGCAUGACGGCAGCAAACCCUGAAGACUUGCUGAACAGGGCCAAGGAGAUUGUGUGGCGUCACAAGGAGCUGCAGGCCAAUGUGUCGUCGCUGCAGCAGCAGGUGAACAGUGCGGAGGAGGAGCAGGAGCGACUGGUGCGGCUCAGGCAACACGAGAUCAUUCACAAGUACAGGAGGAACGGUGUGGUCAAUGGGCAGCAGCAGCAGCAGCAGAGCCUGGAUGCAAGUCAGGUGACGCAGGAGUUCAUCCUGAGGGAGAUCUCGCAGACACUGUCGCAGCGCAAGAAGCUUCACUCUCAGGUGUCCCGCCUGGAGUGUGAGGUGAGCUCCCUGGAGAACACCGCCCCCGACGCAGUGCCCGGGGGCCGUGGCGGGUCUGCUCCUGGAGGCCAGCGGGCUGACAAGUCCCCGGGGCGGCACAAGACGCGGCACCGCAGCAGGAACCAGGAGUGGCCAUCCAUCCCGGACGUGGGCAAGAUUGAGGAGAAGAACCCGGAGAUCCUGGCACAGAAGAUCCUGGAGACCGGCAGGCAGAUUGAGGCCGGCCGCAUCCCGGCCUUGCCCCCCGGCACCCAUCCCCCCCUGCUGCCCCCCGACGGCCUUAUCAGGAUACACCAGGCUGAGCCACGCCCCACCCUGCCCCACGACCAGCAGCAGCAGCAACAACCACCACUGCCGCCGCCGCCACCAGGCCGAGUGGUGGUGGUGGCGCAACGGCACACUGCCCCGCCUGCCCCACCGCUGCCCCUGCCCAAGGUGGAAAUGCCCUUGCAGGCUGCCGCCGCCGCCAUUGCCCCCGGGCCACGUGGCGGGGACAAGGGUGGCGGUGGGAGCCGGGGCUUCUCCAUGGUGCGAGCGCAGGAGCCGCCCCGCGUGGCGGACUUUGAGGACAGACUCAAGCUGAUCAUCACCAACGUGCUCAACGAGGACAAGCCACCAACCCACGCCCUGCCACCCCGCCCCACCCCGCCCCAUGUACUGCCACACCCACAUUCUCCAUACUCCUCCCCUGGCGCGCCGCCCCCGACCAAGAGGGAGCGUAAGGGGGAAGGGCGCCCCGACUACACCCAGGUGUCCCCUGCCAAGCUGGCCCUGCGCAGACACCUCUCACAGGAGAAGCUGCUGGCCCUGGAGGCCGUGGCACCGUCCCCCACAACACAGCAAGGUACUGCUGGGGGCCCUGCCACACCCCGCAUGCCGCCCCUCACCCGCAAUGUUGGGGACCUCAUCUCAGGGGAGGUGGAGCGCUCCCUGGAGCUGAGCUCAGCGCCCCCCGCCCCCCCAGCCUCUGCCGCACUGGACAUGACGGUGGGGGGCAAGGCGUCACCCCGCCCCGGGCCCCGCAUCGCACGCAUUGUGGAGGAGAGCUUUGCCAAGGUGCUCCAUGCCCCACACACACCACCUGAGGCAGGGGAGGGGCGCCAGCCCUCCCCCGCCCAGCGUGGGGUGUACUCCCCCGUGUCCAGGCCCCCCAGCACUGAGGGCCUUCCGCCCCCUGCUGUGGAGGGCCUGAUGUACCCACGCGUCAAGUCCCCGCGGGGCGCCCCACUAGAUGAGAAGCCCCGAAUGCUGCCCCCCGCAGCAUCCCCGGGGCGGGACGGUCUGGAGGCACGCCUGGUUUCAAUGUACGGCCCUAAGGCUGCUGCCCCAGCCCCUCCUGCCCCACCCCGAGCCACACCACCACCACAGCCCCCCACCACGGCCGCCACACACCCACCAGACUGCAAGCCACGUCCCGCAACCCUCGGCGCAGGGGACGGCCCCGUGGAGGGCCUCGCCGCCACGCUGCACGCACGCUUCAUGACCAGACCAAUGCUGGCCAAGGUGAAGGAGGAGCCCCCAGACUACCCCCGGCCCCCCAGCGAUGAGGAGAGGCUGCGGAGGAAGCUACGGUCGCCCCCUCCCGCCCCUCACACCAUCCCCCCAAAGAAGCAACACUACUCUGACCCCCCACCACCACCCCUCCCUCUACCACCCCACUCCUCCUCCACCCCUCCUUAAACCCAAUUUCAACCCCAUCUUCAACAUCAAACUGCCACCACCGCCACCACCACCACCGCCACCACCACCUCCACCGCCACCACCACCACAGUCACCCCGUCCUCAUCUGCCACCCCAACACCACCACCACCACC